AUGAAUAAUAAUAUGCAAAUCAAAAAAGUAGGAAAUUAUUAUAUAUUUACUUCUAAGGAAAAUAUACUUGGCUCAGGAACUCAAGCAACAGUUUAUUUAGCGAAAAGAUCGACUGAUGAGCUCACAGUAGCAGCAAAAAUUUUUGAUAUGACACAAAAUUUUUCAGAGAAAGAUUAGGAAAGCAUAAAAAGAUAGCUAGAUAUUUUAUUUACAACAAAGCAUCCCUAUAUAUUAGAAUGCUAUGAUUUUAUUCAAACUAAGCACAAUAUUUAUUUAUUUAGUGAAUAUUGCAAUGGAGGAGAUUUGUAAUAAUAUAUUGAAAGCCGUCCUUACAUAUCAGAGGCAGAAUGUCUUGAUUUGUUUAAGCAAAUUGUUUCAGCUUUGCAGGUGCUUGAUAAAAAUAAUAUAGCACAUAGAGAUUUAAAGCCUGCAAAUAUCUUAUUGAAUAAAGGUUAAGUAAAAAUAGCAGAUUUUGGGUAUGCUAAGCGUAUUUAAACUGGAAAUAUUAAAAACACUUAUGUUGGAUCUCCAAUAUUUAUGUCUCCAUAAGCUUUAAAUGGUGGAAAUUACGAUUUGAAAAAAGCUGAUGUCUGGAGUGCAGGUGUUUGCUUGUAUUACAUGCUUUUUAAAAAAUAUCCUUUUGAAUCAUAAAAGGAGGAUUUAGAAGAGUUGAAGUAAGUUGUUUGGCAGGCUUAGCUGACUUUUCCAGAAAAUUAAAAGCGUUCGAAAUUAGUAAAAGAACUGCUUUUAAAAAUGCUCGAAAAAGAUGAGGAAAAGCGUUUUGAUUGGAAUUAAGUUGCUAAUAAUGAAUGCUUAAAUUACAAUAGUUCUAUAAAUUAAAAUCCUUUACUCAGGAGCUCAGAGCUGAAUUAAGUUUGUGGGAUUAGUUCUUAUAACUAGAAUUUAAAAGACUAGGCUCUCGUUACAGAUAAACCUGUAAUCCCUACUAAUUAGCAAACUAUUUAGAAGCACUUUAGUGACUCUGAAUUGGAUAGUACUUCAAAAUAGUUUUCAUAGCAAAGAGAAAAAUAGAAAGGAUUGAUUUUAGUUCACAAUUUACUAGUUUUCCUCUCUAUAUUCCCUUAAAAGUAUUAAGACAUAUGGAGACAGAUUAAGAUUUUUCACGAUUAAUCAAUAUUGGAUUAGCUAGGAGAAACACCUAAGAAAUCUUUGAUCUUACUUAUGUGCACUCAUUUCAUAUGUUCUAGGAUGCAAAUGCAGGAUUUAAUAUUAAGAUCAUAGAUAAUGAUUUAAUAACAUGUUAAUCGUAUAAAACCAAUUUAUACUCCUCUAUUACCAGAAUAUUUUUAACAAGAAAAUUAUAAAAGUUUUAUAUAAAAUUUGAGAAGCUAGAAUCAAUUAAUAGAUUAAAUCUCUGUACAGACAAAACCAGAGUUAAUAGAAAUUUUAAAAAAGAUAGGAUUUAAUUAAUCUUUUGAGAACAUAGAAAAAAAUGUAUAAAAUAUUAUUGAAUUAGCUAUUUUCAAUUUGAUAGAUUACAUUGAACCUGUAUGUAAGCAAGCUGUCUUGGCUAAUAAUAAAAUUAUUUUGAGCUUAUUCUCAAAUCUACUCACUCUCAUGUUCUACUAAGAAAAAAUACAAAAUAACUAAUUUGAUUUUGACACUUAUGAUCAACUAAUUUAAAAGCUUGAAAAUCUAAACUUUGCUUCGUUAAAUGAGCUCUAUAAAUAAAUUUGUGAAUAUUAAAAACAUUUCAAAUAGUAGAACGAAGAAGAUGACGAUGAUGAUAAAUGA